AUGCCUCAGAACGUAAUUGACAUUAACUCUUGCAUGAUUGUCACUACUUCUGGAAAGCUUGUGGACAGCGAAUUGUUACUCAAAGAUCUUAAAAUGAAGUGUCUCCUAUGGGAACGAGAUAAGAGGAGGAGAAUUUCUGUUGUUGAGGCAUCACAGAUGAUGGUCAACAUUCUGGCUUAUCGUAGUGAAGUGGGACUGAUUGCCGGGUGGGAUGACGAAACAGGAGCUGAAUUGUAUCGCGUGGAUGGCAUGGGGGUAGUGAUGAAAGGGACAAGAUUUGCAUCAGGAUCUGGAAUGAAGAUGGCAUAUUCGAAUCUGGAGAGCUAUGGCGGAUGUUCCAAUUGGGAUUACAGUAUGGCUCUUAAAGCGAUCAUGCAUGUUGCCAACAGGACUAGGAAAGGUCAAGUUGACUUGGGGAGCCCUGCUCCUGGUAAUCAUGGUGAAGAUUAUGCUAGUGUGUACCAUGUAGGACCUUCUGGGUGGGAGUUGCUCUGUGGUGGUGAGAUGGAUGUGAAUGAAUGCCUGCCGUUCUUUGGCUUUCGUAAAUCCAAGGGCAAUGGGGAAUUAGCUUCAGCGAAAAGGCGAGAUCCAAACAUGGAUGAACAUGCAAGCAUGGAUCUUGGGUUUAUCCCGAAAUUUGCAUUUGGAGGUGGACUCACCUUCAAAGUAAAGAAGAAUUGCCAAAGAAAAAGGGCAAAACUAAAUGAUGAUCGUCAAAGCACGGAAGAAGAAGAGCCUUUUUCAACUGUAGCGACACCUGCUGUGGGUCGCAAGAAUUAUAACAAGGACAUCGUCUAUGCCGAGGAUGAUGGCACGGGUAAACCUCUUCUGACCCUUGGAUGCCUGACAAUGAUCCCUUGUUAUAGUCCCCAUUUUCAUGCGGGAGGGGAAAUUGUGAAUGCCGAAUCCAUACGGCAAGAUCAUCUCAUUGCUGGCUUGAGACGCGCCUGGAUCGCCUUCUAUAAGAACAAUCAUUUCCUUGACGAUUUGGGACCCCCAUCUUUCGCUUUCCACUACAAAGAAGGAGGGCUUUUGCUAGCUGUUAAUCAUCCUCGUGUUACCAAGGAUCGCAAUACACAAGGGUCUCCCAGUGAUUUGUCCGAGUUGCCCCAGAACUUAACUGUUCUUAAUACCCACACCCUUGCCACCAUUUCUGGGAAGCUUGCGGAGAGCGAAUUGUUACUUAAAGAUCUGAAAUUGAAGUGCCAAGAUAAUGGGAGGAGCAUUUCUGUUGCUGAGGCAUCAACAUUGAUGGCCGACAUUCUGGCCCACCGUAGUGAAGUGGGACUGAUUGCUGGAUGGGAUGAUGAAAAAGGAGCUGAAUUGUAUCGUGUGGAUGGGAUGGGAGUGGUGAUGAAGGGGACAAGAUUUGCAUCAGGUUCUGGACUUCAAAGGGGGUAUUGCAAUAUGGAGGAUUACGGCGGAUGCUCCAAUUGGGAUGUCAGCAAGGCUGCUAGGGCGAUCGUACAUAUUGCAAACAGGACUAGGAAAGGUCAAGAUGAAUCAUUUUGCCGUGCUCCUGGGAAUCAUGGUGAAGAUUUCGCUAGUGUGUAUCUUAUAGGACCUUCUGGAUAUGAGAUGCUUUAUGGUGGUCAGCUGGAUGUGAAUGAAUGCCUGCUGAACUGGGGCUUUCGUAAAUGCCUGGGCAAUGGGGAGUAUGUAUUUUAG